GUUAUUUAAGACUGCACGAAGAGAGCCGUUAGCCACAAGGGAUAGGCCGCGGAGUCGCCAGGAACACUCUACAUUUGGAUUUCGUUCGGUAUAUACACGUUCACUCGUUUACGAAGCUUUCCAUUAUAUUUAACAAGUUACUAACGAGAUUUAAAUUGACUGAGGCAGUCCGAUAUAGAGGUGUUGCAGCUAAAUACACUAAGGUAAGAAAUCUCCUUUAAUUUCGUUAGGAUUUAUUUUGAAAACAGUUAAACAAGCCUGUCCUCUGGAACCGUUUCAAAUUUCAGAAAUCUCCCCAAAUAAUACGAAAAGAAAUGUAAUAUUUCAAUGAAAGUCAGUUUAUAUUUGUAGCCUUACAGUUAUAAAGCAAUUAUUCUGUUAUUAACUUGCGUCUUUCUUUUUCAACUCUCAUCUUCAUGUAUUAUUAAAUGUCCCAUAGUUGAUCUUUUAACACUCGCAUACGCGGGCCAUUCCCAAUUUUUGCCUGCUGUAUAUGGACUAUAUUCUUCAAAUAUAGAUUGAAAAAAUAUAGAAUUUUUAAAAGUCCUCGGAUUCAUAAAGUGGAGAAUGUUAGCACCCUCCGAAUGGCAAAGCGCUGAAAUAGAGCACUACUUCAAGAAGCGCAUAAUGAUUUCCUUAAUUUUGAAAGCAUGCAAUUGUAUAUGAAGCCGUAUUCUAUAUGAAUCGAAUAAUGCCUGUAAUGGCCAAAUUUUUUAUAGUCCUUCCUGCCGGGCAACGAAAAUCUGAUUCUCAAAAUGAUUUAACCGCUCCAAGUUAAUUCUGAAGAAAACAUCUGAGACCGGAUGAAUCCGGAACCGUAAUACACAAAAUCACCCAGUUUUAUUUUGUCAAACGGGAAUUUGUAUUGUUCGUUGAGCCCAAAUUCGUCUUGUUUCGCAUAAAAUCUUGCAAAUUUGAGUAAGGUUUGUAAUUCGUUCGUUGCCGUGGGAAAGGUGCCUCUAAGCCACAGCUUUCGCAUGCAAGGACUAAAUUAAGGUGAAGGAAAUUACUACUAUAUAGGCCGCUUUAUACACUUACAAUUUUUGCUGCGAUUUUCUUCUUCGGAUGAAUGGGAACGAGUGGAAGAGUUACGAAUGUUCAGAUAAGGUAUACAUUAUUGUAUAUUAUGCUUCAUUAUUAUAUGUUAUAUUCAUAACUCAUCUACUCUAGGAAAAUCCGACUAGAAGUCGCAGUGUAAACGAGCCUUAAAAGAGGAUGGAUUUAACUCUGCCUCUGGUGCUAUAUAUACUUCCACGAUUUCGUCACGAUGGAUAUAACAAAAUUGCAGCGAUAGCUAGAGUGCUUGGGAGACGUUUACCAGGAUAAUUCAUCUUGUCGCCUAGUGUCCCAGUGGCUGAAUUAUAAUAAUAUUUGAACUGUUGGGGCGUUAUAAUUGAUAACGCCAACAUACAUGCAUGCAUAUAUUCGAAAUCCAAUGAUUUUGUGAUCGGCUUGGGAACAAUUCACUACUUCUUUUAUACCAGCUUGGAAAUCCUGAAAUAACGAAAGUCUUAUGUAAGACAUAUACAGUAGGCCCGCUAUAUAGACCAACUGUUCAGUAAAACAGUUUGUCGGCCUUAUCAAAGAUUGUAAAUGUAACAAGAUGCAAUUACAUUCAAAUCCUGAUACUCUAUAUUAGGAAUUACUGCAACAUUUCGUCUUUGUAAUUUUAAUCAUCAGAACGGUUCGGUUGUUACAGGUUUUUUUUAGAGUUACUAUACUUGAAUAGCCAUGUUAGAACCCCACAAGCGUUUAAUUCAUAACACCGCACAUUUUAAUGUCCAUAUACUACUAUACAGUAUAUUUUAGAUAAAAUAAGUUCUUGAUUGAUGGCGAAGAGAGGGAUCGUACGAGGCAUUAGUUUACGGUAGCAUGCAAACCGGUUCGAUCUCCUUGGAUAAAUUAUGUUUCAACUGAGUUUUAGUUCAAAGUCAAUCUUGAUUGAUGGCUGCCUUGAUGACAGAUCGUACUUAAAUGCAGGACUUGUUUAUUCGCCUCCAUUCAUGUGGAGGCGAAUAAGUGGGCUAUGCAGGAAGGAGGAGUGGGCUAUGCAGGAAACUACCGCGGAGCCUAACGGAAAGCGAUGAACUUGAAAAUGCGAAUCUGCAUAGGUGUCCGUCAUUUUCGAGCUUUUUCAUGGGACUUUAUAUAGGUUUCCUGCCUUUCCAGACAGAACACUUUUUCCAUCCACGUCGACUAGGUUUGGUGAUGCGAACUGAUUGAAAACACUCUCUAUAAUUAAAAGUUAUUCUCAUCUGGUAUUUUUACUGUAUUCUCAUCUGGUAUGCACUAGGGAUCCCGGCAAUAUAGUUUAAUUGGGGGCGAAGACGCUAGUUCUGAAAAGCUUGAAUAUAUAGUUCGUUAUGGAUCCCGAUCAGUUGACUCCCACCCAUGCACGGACUCUGCUUCCAGAAGCUAUGAUGUAGAGGAGAAGUCCGUCAUCCUAAGGCCGAUUUAGACUACACAACUUUUGCCUAAGACUGUCGCAUGCACCAUGCUUACAACUUGAGUUGUAUACUGUGUAAAUCAAGCACACAACUGUCGUGGAUGUUGUCGUAGGCGAGUUGUGCGCUUGAUUUACACAGUUUAACUCAAGUUGUAAGCAGGUUGCAUGCGACAGUUUAGGCAAGAGUCUUGUAGUCUAAUCGGCCUUUACUUUAGAACAGAAUUUGACAUUCAUAAAAUAACGUUGAAUUUGGUCACAUGAUCCUGUCUUAUAUGCUUGCAUGGUUUUAGAGAUAUGUUCCGGCAAUUCCUGGGUGUUAAACUUCGAAAUAAUUACAAAUUCAUAUUCAAACAGGGUUGUUUUUAAGUCGUUACGAGAUUUAAGUUAUAUCAUCGUGUAACAUAUGGCUUAACUUCGUGGGCUGGGAGCUUACAGCACCCGAUUCAUGAAUAAUUCACAAUUCUAAAAGACUAAUUUGUCAGCAAGAUUGAAUAAAAUGAAUAACUGAGCAUCGUUGCAUGUGUGUUGUUUUUCAUUAAAAAAAUGCGUUUAGCGCGAUGGCCACUCACAGUUGAUGGUUUGCUUCGUUCAUAAUUUAUCUUGACAACGUCUAGAAGAUGAUUUGAUCUGUUAAGUUCGCACCGCCAACUAACCACAACAAUCAUGUAUAUAUAACACUGAGGGCCAGCUGGAGCCAGAUGUUUAACUCAAGUCCAAUAACAAUGUGCUUGGAUAUUUAACAAAGGUGUGCGUACACUAAUAAAUAUAUUAACUAUAUCGCUUUGAUUUAAAACUCAGCCGCGUUUUUUUUCGGAAGGUUUACUCUUGGAGUCUUGAAAAUAUUGUACUGCACUUAACCCGAGGGAAAUAGAAUUUCCUUUUCCCGAGAGUAUCAAUGUUUCUCGAGAGGAAGUCCAGGGACACAUAAUUGAGAUUCGAGGGAAAACAAAACUAUUUUCCGAUCGGAGUGGACAUUAUUAAGUGUUCUGUUAUAUAGAGUCAUAGUAUUUUAAUGGCGACGAAGGAAAAAAUAUUCACACGGCCAACAAUUCUACUUGCGAAAUGAUUUCAAGAACAAAAGAACCUAUUGAGCAUCAUUUCCCGAUGCCUGUUGUGUAUUUAUACUGUAUAUAUACUUUUGCUAAACUGGAAAAACAUUUAUAUAUUUUCGGCUCCAUUUUGUCCAUUCUCCACGGUCGGAGCUUGCAACAAUUUCUCACUUGUUUCCCUGCAGGAUGCAUAACCACGUGACGACAAAUCAGCCAAUCACAUUCGGCGUUAACCACGAUAUAACAAAAAUGUAUUAUUAUUGAUACAAGCCCACGUUAAUACGUAUAUGAGCGGGAUACUUAUAUUUCCUCGAUCAAUACAUGAAAUUUAGUUUAUUAAUUCGACAUCAUUAGACAUAAUGUACCGACUCUGUCUCAAAUUAGCAUAUUUUCGAGAUUAUAACUUACAUUUUCACACGAAUCCUUUUAAAUUAUUUAAAGAUGUAAAUUUUAUAUAGUUAUAAAGAUCAUAAGUUAAAUUAUAGUUUUAUUUACAAUAUUUUACAAUGUCAAAGGCUAUAUAAAAUCCGAGUAUAUAUGCACAACUAUAUACUAAAUUUCAAUAUAUGAUUAGGAAGACUUUAGUUUGGACGGGACAUGCUUGUUGCCAGGUAUUAUAAUAUUUUAUACAUUUACUGCAUAACUAAGUGUUAAAAAAGGCAAAAGCUUCUACAAGUUUCUUUCCCAUGCAUAUAAUCGACAGUAUUUGUGAAAGAAUAUAUUUGGGGAUUUUCGUGCGAGCGAAAAACGCUCUGGUUGAAUUUGUAUUUUCAUUGAUUAAAAAUUACUUAAUGGUUUUUUUCUUUUCCGUAAUAUGCCCUUUUUUUGCGCAUGAGUUCUCUUUGGUCUUGACCCCAAUCACAAACCUAUACAAAUAAUCCUAACCUUUCUGCGCGCGAAACAUGAGCAUCAACCACCUUUUCGUUUCUUCCCAGCCAGCUAUGGGCAAAGAGCUACAAAGAUAUCGACUGUAUCAGAAUAAAAUUAUGGUCAUAUUGUAUGGGUGAAGCACGGACGAAGUAGGAGGGCUCUGUAUGCAAUAAGCUAUACAUGCCAUACUCAGAGAAAUAUUUCAUAUAAAUGCAUCUUUAUUCAAUCUUAAGCUGGAUUAUCAGUGCAUACCGUAUCUUAAAUAAUGAAUUCAACCACCGACAUUAUUUCAGUUGACGUUUGUAUUAUUGCUUUCGACGAAAUGAACGAAAUUGUUUAUAAUACGUUAGUGUUCGUAUUUUCCUAUAAGUCUAAUUGAAAUUGAUUUAACUAACAAAGAGGGUGCAGGGUGCUAAAUAGAAGGUGAGAAAAUUUUUAAAUUUGAAUCCCGGAAAUGGCAUUUGCAUCAUUCUGAGACACGCAUAAUCAGAAAACCCAAAAUUCCGGGCGCCAGAGUAUACCUGUUCGCAGGUAAUGCGGUGAAUAAUAUAGUUAACAACAAAAAUCAUGACUAAGGACACCAAACACGGAUCAAAAUUGGGAAUCGACUCACAUUACUUCAAUCCCAUUCCCAUUUUUGAGGACUUCAUUUCCCAUUCCAAGUGGCCAAAUCCCAGUCCCAGCAACCCAAAUCCCAUUUUCCCAGUCUAAAAAUAGAUCAAUCCCAGUUCUCAUUUUACCCCUUCAGGGCCAUCUAUAGUAAAUGUGCAUGUUUAAAUGCGCUUUAUUACCCUCUAUUAAGUCGGUUUUCCACUAGCGAAUUGUUCUGCGCGAAGCGACCUUUUUCCUUUGUCGGCAUCCAUUUUGCAGCCCUCGAAAAGUCAAAACCGUCAAAAUUGAGGUCGGCAAAAGAGGGCCGACCUAAAUCUGACCUAGGUCGGCACAUCUUGGCAUUUCUUAAAAUCUGUUCCACGUCUUGGAGCACUAUUAAUCACGCAUUUACGAAUCAUUGACAUCGGAAUAUAACUGGAACGUUACCUCCAGCCGGAAAAUUCGAAAGUUGGAGCCAAAUUUUAACUCCAGACGCGCGAAAUUUGAUCUUCAAACAUCUAACGUAUAUACACAAUACCCGUCAGUUUUUAAACCUUACACCGUAGUGUGUUCAGUUAAUCGAACUACGAAUUGAAUUCUAUAAUCGCUGACAUUUUGAAAGCUAUCAGCAUAAAAAAUUCCUACUUUGGUUCAAUUAAGGUGGGCAAUAAGUGAUACCGACAAAGGAAAAAGGUCGCUUCGUGCGAGAAAAUUUGCUAGUGGAAAACCGACUUUAUUGUCUCUUUUAUAGAACAGUAUAAUAAGCAACAACAACAACCAACCAACCAACCAACCAACCAACCAACCAACCAACCAACCAACCAACCAACCAACCAACCAACCAACCAACCAACCAACCAACCAACCAACCAAAUUUAAUUACCUAAUUAUGAUUUCAAUAAUAUUAUGUUUUUGGACUAGCUGCCAGAAGUGAAGAUACUGUAUCCGAAAAAAUUUGCAUGUGUGGUUUCUUUGAUGCAUGCUAUUCGUGAUAUUCGGUUUGAAUUCAAUUAUUCAGGAGGUCAAUUUUGGUUUCUUCAGUUGUUAUCUUUAGCCAAUCCAGUUUUGCCGACUGAGAUAACAAUUUGCCGAUUAGCUGACGAGUGGGGGGGGGGUGUUCCACCCCCCCCCCACACCCACACCCCCACACACACCCCUGUAGCGCCGCCCCUGCCCUCAUCGGAAAAUUUACCUGAAACUGCCGAAAGAACUCCAUUCGACUGGUUGGCCUAAACACCAUUUAAACUGUGUUUGAACAUCCUAACUCGCUUGGAUCAAUGCUUAACGGAUGUUUGAACGUUGUUUUGCGCAUGCUGAAUGAUACAGUUUGAACGCUCUUACGCAUUUUCAAAAUAAUAAAAAGAAUCGUGAUUAGAUGACAAUGUUGUCAUGGUAUAAGUGUCUGCAAUGUUGUCAUGGUAUAAGUGUCACUGCAAAGAGUGCCUUAAAGCAGCACGUUAUAACAUCAAUACAAAACUAUUCAUAAUUUCCGUAUAACUACAACAAAAUACCUAGUUCCACAAGCGAAAUCCAUGUCUUAUCAGCCUUUCCUGACUCUCGCUUGACCAAAGACUACAGGGGGAAAUUCGACUAGUUUGAAAGAAAAAUAUCGUAGGUGGAAAGGGCAUGAUGUGGCCAGCUGAAUUUACGAAUAGGAAAGUGCCUGGAUCCAAUAGAAUAUAAUUUCUUUACGACUACUCGAAACUUCUACUAAAUUUAGUUAGUGUGGAAAGAACAAAUCCAUGACUCCUCGGAUACAUUUCACAAGAUAUUUAGUUAUUAGUGGCUGGGGGUUCGCCAGUGACUAUACCUGAAAUUUUUAAAGAAUUUCCAGACACAAAAAUGGAAAAUCCAGUAGAUCUCAUAGUUACACUGGAUAGAGAACUUAAUUCCCCUCAAACCUGGGCGAUAUGAAUAUAAAGGAGAACGUCUUUGGGAAGCCUACCAGUUUCAUAAACACAAAGCAUUUGCAAAAGGUAAACCCACUUAUUGGUGUGGACGUUGAAAGAAGGCGAUAUGCUAAUGGUUUGUCGUGAAAAUUGUAUACAGAUAACACCGAAACAUCGCCGAAUACUACACAAGUGGCAUAUCACUACUGCCAAUGAGAACUCUACCAUCAUUAUACAGCAACUGUAUACUGUGUGGGAAGCUUUGUAUGUGACUACAAUUGCAUGAUGCAUGUUUGAUAGUUAUGUCAACCAUUCACGUUUACCCUAUGGCUAUGUCAUUCAAUAAUGUCGUACCACACAUAUAUUUUCAUUGCCCCAGCGCAUUACAGAGCGUUUUGUUUCAGAUCUAACUAUAUGGAUUGUUUUUGACAAACUAUAGUCACAGUCCUACGUGUUCCAGAUCAAGCAGUGAGUGGAGGUACUAGUUGUAAACUAAAAUAAACUAUGUGCGAUAGUAGCAACCCUUAACUGAGUAAUAAUGCACAACUGACCAGUAUCCUUUCACAUCUAGACAGCAUUGGACAAUUAAUUUCUCUCUAUAUGAUUUUUAAAAUUCAUUCACUUUGCAGUCUUCUGAUAAACUCCUUUUCCGCGAACGCCUUUUAAUUUCCAAGUAUAAACCUUCCUUAAAUGCACAUGGCAGUCUCUUCCUCCAUUUUCUCCAUUUUCUUAUGUAAUGCCUCGCCCCUUAAUCCUUCCGGUACCUAGCCCCCUUAUCUCUUGAACGCCUUUGUCAUUAGACAGUACUUUUUUAUUCAUAAACCUUUGGUAACUUAUUUGUGUAACACAUAAACUUUCAUAAGUAUACUUAUUCUAUUUUUUGUAUUACUUAUGUAAUUAUACUGUCAUUUUACACAUAUACUUCGAUAUAUUUUAUAGGAAUUUAUAUUAAUUGUUGAAAAUGGAUGCUGGGCUACCGUAUGGUUAUUAUCGUCAUCUAUUCAGUCAGACAGAUGUGGACAACAGCCUCUAUGGCUACGUAAAGACAGACAUGGAAGAACAUCGUCUUUCAUACGCUUUGUCUGGAAACUGGCAGAUAUCUGAUCCGAGAUUAGGUAAUGCAAGAACAAUAAACACAUCCUGAAUUUCGGCUUGAAUGAGCAAAAUACACUUGCUUCAACUUCAAAGCCAACAAAAUAUGUUCCAAUUUAAGGUAUAAUUAAGUCAUUGCCAGCCUCGCCCUCGAAACAGGAAGUAUCUAUAAUAUGCAUGAUCAAUUGUAUCAGAUUUUAAGUGAAAAGCGAAAAAGACUUUAUCAAUCACACUUAAAAUUAAUGCCUCGAACUUACGAUGACAUAGACAUAUACCUGUUCUUUCUAUUUUACACUGUUCAUCACUGGGACGCCCUGUUGGAAAGAGUUUUGUUAAAUCACUAUACAUUAGUGUUUAUACAUUUCCGUCUGGCCACUUCACACUCAUCGUGUGAACCCAAAGGUUCCACUUCAUGAUUCACGUCUCCAUUCACUGGUUAUUAUUGUCACACGCAGUCUACAAUCCCAUGCAGCAGCACUAGCCUGAGCUCUGUUCUGCAGAUUUCAUGUUUCAGAUUUGUAUCCUGUGACAUUGACACAAUGCAUGACAUUUAACAUUCCUUUGCAAUUUCAUCCACAAUGACCUUCAUUAUCUGCUUCACUGGUAUUCACGAGUUUCCAUUUGCCUCCCAAGACAUUUUUAAUGUCCUUACAACCCUUCCUUGAUUGCUCUUCAAGUAUUUGUGCAAUAUGGCGGUCAAUAUGUCAAAUAUCUCUGUUUGUAUUCAAUAUCAUUCACCUUCAAAGCCUUCACUUGCCAUUCAACUUUCACUUCAUUAUUUUUCCCUCUUCUGAUAAAAAUAAAAUGAGUGGACGACAGAUUUUCUGUUGCAUCAAAAUGGUUAUAUCAACAUUUAUUUAGUGUGGUUGACUUGUAAAACCUUAUUUGGUUGCUUAUUUUAUGUGAUAUCUAGAAACAGCAUCUUUCUUUGAAACACGAAAAGACAACAGUUCCGUGUCAAGCAGUGAGCAAAGUCGUCAUUUGGAAGAAAAGGUUAACGAAAUUGAUGUGGAAAACAGCAACGUGAAAGCACAAGGAGUAAAGGUGGAAAAACAGAGCUUGCCUGAGGGAAUUAAGAUUAUUGAAACCAUCCUAAUGGGUGUGUCCCACUACGGUGUGUUUUGUUCUGAGAAAAUAAUCAAGAAGGGCACAAGAUUUGGUCCUUUUAUUGGUCGUAACAUUGCGCCCGAUGAUAUAUUCACGUUAAGUGACACUUCAUACACAUGGGAAGUAAGUAUAAGUAGGAACUAAGUAGGGGGUGUUUUCAUGGAAGCGAGUUUUAUACAAUUAAAAUGCACGGCGACUUAAAUUAUUGUUUUGGAGGACGUGCCGUUCUAUUAUAUUAUAGUAUCAUCCUCAGAGAGAAAACAUUCCAUACACGUAAUUAAACUGAACAAAACUCGCUUCCAAUCCCCGUUGACUCGGUAGCUCAAUGAGUACAGGUGUACAACCUCCUGACGAAGGGUUUUUGGCAGGUAAUUUUGACCAAAACCUCAACAAUUACUGACGACUAUACUACCUAUACACCGAACCCUCCAAGUUUGAGAUGUCAUGAUAGAGCAACCUUACUGAGAAAAAUCAGACACGUGACCAAUAACCAAGGUUUUUGAGUUUUAAAUUAUUAAUUUUUCCUCUGUAAUCCAUAGGUGUUCAAAGACGGUGAGGUGACAUGUUUUAUUGAUGGUAAACAUGACCCAAACAACUGGUUGAAGUUCAUAAACUGUGCAAGAUAUGAGCGAGAACAGAAUAUGAUUGUCGUUCAAGAUGGCGACGAGGUGUUCUUCGAAGUUGUCUGUGAUAUUCUUGAAGGAACUGAAUUGUUAGUAUGGUAUGGUGACUCUUAUCUCAAGUAUAUGGGGAUACCGAUAACAAUGAAAGAAAAGAUAUCUCCACAGAUGCUAUCCAAUCUAGGUAGGUUUCCGUCAUUCUUCAUCUUACUAGCUUGUAAUGUCAAAUGUACCACCGCUACCUGUAUAACAUCCAAGAAUGGUGGUAUUGCAACCAUUACUAGCAUUUACUGAUAGCAUUAGUGACCAUAAAGUGAGUCAAAUCACGUCCUGAGGACAACAACUUGACUUUGUAUGUUUGACAACUAACGUACAGGUUUUGUCUUGAACAAUUAUUAGAAGCAGUUACUUGUAAUUUUUUGCCAUUUUGCCUAAAUGAACAAAAUGUUGCAGAACAAAACUUGUUGUCUUUGAUAUUUAUUACUUAUAGAUACAGGAUACUAUUGGAGCAUGAGUAAAAGCCGGUUUUCUGCUAGGUAAAUUGCCACCUGGUUUGUGCGAUGCGUCUUUUUCCCGCCUUUGUUUGCAUCGCUUAUCAGUAAGCGGUCGCGAACAAAUUCGUCUAGUGGGAAACGGGCUGAAUUGAUAAUUCUGUAAAAACUGUUUUCAGUCAUCUCAAAUUUGAGUGAGUAAAGCAGGCAUAAAUCUUGGGCGGAUUUACUGGGGGUUAGGGGGGAUUAACCCCCCCCCCCUCUAGAAUCUCUCUAGCCCCUCUCAUAAUGUGUUAAACCCCACCAAAAUUUCGCUUCACCCCAAAAUUUCGCUUCACCCCGGCUGCCGCUUGCACCCCCCCUAGAAAUUUUUCCACCCCUCCUUUAAAAAAAUGAAAAUCCGCCCUUGAUUUAAACAAUGCAUUGUUUCUAAAUUGUGUUUUCUAGAUGAUAACAGCUUCGCCUGUGACCGCUGUGGGAAAGUGUUCGCGUACGAGUAUUAUCGAGACAAGCAUCUCAAGUACACACGAUGUGUAGACCAAGGAGAUAGAAAAUAUCCCUGUAACCUCUGCAAUCGUUCGUUUGAGAAACGAGAUAGAUUACGGAUACACAUCUUGCACGUUCACGAGAAGCACCGCCCACAUCAAUGCUCGGAAUGUGGUAAACGUUUCUCGCAAUCGUCCAGUCUGAAUAAGCAUUUGAGAGUACAUAGUGGAGAACGUCCCUACAAAUGUCCAUACUGUACCAAAGCAUUUACAGCUUCGUCAAUCCUGCGCACGCAUAUACGUCAACAUAGUGGGGAAAAACCGUUUAAAUGUCGUCAUUGUGGGAAAGCGUUUGCCUCGCAUGCUGCACAUGAUAGUCACGUGCGACGCACUCACACUAAGGAAAAACCAUGUGUUUGUGAAUAUUGUGGAAAGGCCUUCGCGCAGUCGUAUGAGCUCAAGUUUCACUUGAACAUGCACACUGGAGACAAACCUUACUCGUGUGAACGAUGUGGCCGUGGAUUUUCAAGUCCAUCAUCAAGGGAUCGACAUAGAUCUAACUUUGAUUGCACAACUCGAAAAAAUCGCGCACCAAAAGUUAUGAAACGCAGUCCCGAUUCCGCUGGAAAGUGCGAUGACGUUGGACUUUUGUGAAUUUUGUUAAUGGC